UUUUUUUUGUGAGUGUGUUUGCUUUUACUUUUACCCUCUUUCUUUCAUUUUGAUUUAAAUAAAAUAGAAAUGACUCAUUUUGGUUCACUUCAAGAAAUAUAUGAAAUUAUAGAACAAAUCGGUGAUGGUUCAUUUGGAACAGUUCAUAAAGCAAAGAAUAAAAAUAAUGGUAAACUUUUUGCUAUCAAGAUUAUGAAGAAAAAAUAUGAAUCACUUGAAGAAUGUGAAGGCCAAUUUGAACCUAAAUUACUUUCUUUAUUACCGCCUCAUGUCAACAUUAUUCAAAUGUACGAUAGUUUUCUUUCACCUACUACUUGUGACCUUUCAUUUGUUAUGGAAUAUUCAGAUGGUGGUAAUUUAUAUCAACUUAUGAGAGAUAGAAAACAAAAUAACUUACCUUUCAGUCAUUGUGAAUUAAGAAAUAUAUUACAUCAAAUAUUGUCAGCUGUAUCACAUAUACAUCAUCAUCAUAUAUUUCAUAGAGACAUGAAGCCAGAAAAUUUAUUAUUAAAUUAUUCUACAGGAAAACCAAUCAUAAAGCUUGCUGAUUUUGGUUUAGCUCGUGAAUUUUUAAGUAGUCCGCCUUACACAGAAUAUGUCAGUACAAGAUGGUAUCGUGCACCUGAGAUACUUUUACGAUCAACAGAGUAUUCAGCAUCAGUCGACUUAUGGGCUAUUGGUACUAUAUUUGCAGAAUUAAUUAAUCUUGAACCUCUUUUUCCGGGAGAAUCGGAAAUUGACCAAAUAUAUCGAAUUUGCAGUGUAUUGGGAAGUCCAGGAAAUAAGACAGGUAUAGUGGGUCAAAAAAACAAUCGAACGUCAAUGCGAUAUGAUAAACGCAUAAGUCCUGGAUUUGCAAGAAAAAAGACAAAAGAUUUAAAUGAUCAUGAUUUACAUUCACUUCAUAUCAAUACAAGUACUGCUUCUACUAUUUCUUCUUUAGAUGGUGGAGGUGAAUGGAAAGAAGGGGUUAAACUAGCCCAUAAGAUGGGAUUCAAAUUUCCUAAUCUUUUACCAAAGCCAUUAAAAUCAGUCAUUCCUAAUGCAUCAGAAUCGAUGCUUGAUUUAAUUCAACAUUUUUUAUUUUUUAACCCUCAACAAAGAUGGUCUGCUGAUUUUGCUUUAAGACAUAAAUUCUUUUCAGAGACAGAGGAACCCGUACACACAGUUAUACCUAUUGAUGCUAUGAUUGAACCUAUUACGCCACCAGAACAACAGCAAACAGAAAUCAUGAUAAAUAAUACAGAACCCUCUCCAAUGUCAAUCAUUACUCCACUUGAUUUAUUACCAACUCCCUUAUUACCAUACCAAAUGUGUCCAGAAUGGAAUAAUAAUAGUAUGUGUGAUAGUAGUCAUAGUGGAAGAUCUAUCACUAGUUCAUACACAACACAUAUUGAUACAUUUUUACAUGGUACAACUCAUUGUGAUCACAGUAAUGCAUGGUUCUCUCAGAGUAGACCCAUUUAUAGUUCUCAUCAAAAAGCCUAUCCUGUUCCAGAUCAUCGACCUAGUUCUUCUCAUAACAAUAAUACUAUUGUCUCUUCUUCAUAUUAUUCUGAGAAUGGGAUAGAAGGGAAAAAUCAUAAACGACCUUCAUUGUUAGGACAUCGACUCUCUAGUCAUCAUCUAGAUCGAAUUCCUCAUUAUGGAACCCAACUUAUAAAAUGGUCACCUCCUUAUUAUUUUCAAACAUUUGAUCAUCAUCAGCAACCGUCUGAAAGUAGACGACAAUGUAGAACUCUACUUUCAAUUAAACAGAAGCAGUCCUCUUUGAUUCAUCUAGCUGAAUCCCCUUUUUUACCCGAUCCUACAUCUACUUUUCCCAAGAAAUCAUAUUCAUUAACAAUGACUGUACCGAGUCCUACAGUAGUUGAUAAACCUCUUAUCACAUAUUCAUCUUCUCCACAACUUUGGCCUCAUCCGAUGCAAAGAAAGAUGAAUUCAAUUACACCACCACAACGGUUAACUUCAUGUAUACUUGAUACUAAUAAAGAAGACACCAUUCAUGAAGAUGAAUAUUGCGAAAGUAAACCUACAGUCUUCUUUCCUUUACCUUUACAGUAA